CAUGUCCCUGUUUUCGGCAUUGUUUUUGUUUACCUUUCUUUCCUUUGCUCUGUCAGUUUGUGAUUUUCUCUCGCAAGUCUAAAAUUAAAUGAAAAUUUUGAAAAUAAUUUUUGAGAAUCGGCACUAAUGCAACUGGACUAAUUUAUGGACAAAGCAGCUCUUGUAGAAGAUGACAAACUCUCAGCAGAGGAAUCGUCUAUUAAGAGUCAAAGCAAUAUGACUCAAUCUGACAGUAAAUCAUACCGGAAAAAGCUACAAGACAGAAUUCAGUCAGUGAAGGAGAGAGCCAGCUCCUCGUUUCAAAUCAUAAAUCAGAAUGCAAGCAGGACGCAUCAAAGUGAUCUGAAAUCAAGGCCUCUCUUCUCCACGGUCAAUGAUAUUCUGUCUGGAGAGGAGAUAGAAAUAAAGAAAGCCCUAAGAAAUCACUCAAAACUAAGACAUAAAUGGAGGGAAACCGAUGAGCCAUUAAAAGAGAUUUUAUCAAGUGAAGAGGCAUUUGAUUUUUUUGCCAAAGUCUUUGUAGAGCAUCCUCAAGAAGCUGAAAUUCAGAUGGAAAUUCAGAGUGGAGUCAGUCGAAAAGAUGAUGAUGCAGUUAUCAGUGGUGAGUAUGAAGAUCAUGUCAAAUUGCUAACCGCUGAUUAUCUUGGUCUGGCUAAGCAAGAUAAUGACAUUGUAAUUGAUUCUUACAUACCCCCAACUUCUGAAAACAUUAACGCUCGCAUUGCCAAAGAAAAAGAGCUCUACUGUCAUGUCACAUCUGAUCAGCCUUCCUUGGAUGCAAAACUAGGAGGGGCCACUCCUAGAUUUAUCGAAGAGGAAGGAUUUUAUAAGCCAUUGCGGCCCCCUGUAUCACAAAAAAACUUGAAUCGAUUGCAAAAUCGUUUACUCACCUCUGGGAACAGGAAAUGGUUUGGUGAAGAUGGUGAGCCUUUUAGGCUACCUGAUCCAAUUCGUAAUCUUCCUAUGCGACCUGCCAUCAAAUUUGAUUUCCACAAUCAUUUGAAUGUCCAACUUCAACCUGCGACGCCUUUGAAGGUGGGGAAACAGAGUGGACCUGGAAAUUUAGGUCCAGAGGAUGAAGACAAUUUCAUCUUGGAAAUAGAGUUAACUGAUCUCGCAUUCACCCAUCAUUGGCUUUUUUCACGAGAACAUGUUCUGUCCAACAAGUUGAAUUCCAUCUUCAAACGGUAUAAAUUCAGUAUAUCAACUGGUCAAUGUCGACGGCUUCACUCCAAGCUCCAGGCAUUACGCUCAUCCAAGGAGAAUACAGAGAGAAUUUUAGCAUCAGAACAAAACAGUGACCUAGCAGAUUUGCACAGGCAGCGGCUUCGCAGAUACAUAUUUGAAAUUCAAGAAACAAGAGAAAAAUAUUUACUUGAAAUGAAGACGCAGCGAGAUCUAUUGACAACCUUACUGUCCACUUGGAGGGAUCUGAAACAAUUACGAGAAAGCCAAGGAUAUGCACUGACUACCCCUAAAUUGGUUAUUACACAGCACAGUAAUGAUACCUACAACCAAGUCAAUGGUUUUGAUUUUGAAACAAACAAGACCAUUCAAGAACUUAGGGAAGAACUAGAAAUGAUGCAAAAUGAAGAAGGAGUCACGGACUUUUCAAACAUUUCAUUCAGACUUGGUUGCUAUUUAAAACAAAGCCCCACAAACCUCCAUAGCAAAGAAAAGGCUGCAGAAAUCGAUCCGCAGAAAGUACAUGAAAAGCUAUUGGAAUGUUUAAGACCUCCUGAUGAGCCUCAGUUGACGAUUGAUAUGAGCAGCAUUCAACCAACACCAGUAAACUUGAUAAAAGAUUCAAUGGAACAAGAGAGGCAAGCCAGUGUGCGUAAGUGUAUUGUUUGGUUGACAAUUUGUUUUAACAAUUUAGAAGUUUGCCGAACGCGAUCUCAAGUGCUAAGUCAACGUUUUACUGUGUCCUUCAAUGAACGGUUAUCUUUGAACAUAGCACAGUGCCCUGAGUCCAUCUCUGUGAAUAUCCACUUCUCUGAACGCAGCUUAACGACUAUUUAUCUACCGAUUCCAGAAAGCGGUGUGACUUUAGAAGUAGCCCAGCCUGAAUGUUAUGAAUUCAGUUGCGAUCAAGUGGUUCAAAGUGAUGGCACCAAACACAAUGGAGUAGGCGCUGGCAUUGCAUUCAAAUCCCUCCCUGAUGAUAAAUCCUCCCUUUGUCUUUUUAUAUCAGGCUCAUUGACUUGCCGAACUGGAUGGGGUGUGGUUGGGAAUUCUACUCUUGCGCCUCCCCUUAAACAACUUAAUAUUGUCGCUCCUCUUUCCAGGAGGGUUGCCCAACCUGUUGUCUCUAGUAUGUCUACUUUGGAAAAAAUGAAGAAAUGGGCUGAUCAAGCUUGUUUGGACCCAAAUGAUCCAAACAACGUUGAAAUACUCGAACUUUUAAGGAAUGUGAAAGCCACAUCAAUUGAAGAGAAUAGAGGAAUUAUAUUCAAUGAAAUAGAGCAAGAUUACAACAUGUGCGUGGAUGAAGAAUUAAUCACUAAACGACUGAAGCUUUUAAUAUUACGGGACCAAGAAGAGCUUGAAUUCAAAAACUUGAGGUUCGUCCCACUAAAGGAGAGAGAAAUAUCAAAAGAUAUUUUUAAGGACUAUGAGAACAGAACUCAGUGUGGAGAUUUCCCAAGUGAUAUUUCUGCCGGCAAUGGUGUCGAUGUCCACAGACUCAGGAUGAUUCAUCAGCUGAAUAAAUUACGAGCAGCUGUUUCUGAAAAAAUAUCCCUGGCAGCUCAAAAUCGAACUUUACUGCAUAUGGUGAAUGAGGAUCAGGUACCUGAUAUGGGCACCCUCGGAUUGACGUUCAUGAAAUGGCUACAACCUAACCGUCCUUUACGUCCCAAUCGGAAGGAGUUGAAAAAGAUCCCAGCACAAGGCUUGUUUGGCCAGGAGAUCAAAAUUAUCGUUAACAUCAUCGGUGCUUUUGAAAUACCAAUACGACAAGAUGUGGACACCAUUAUCGAUGAUAAGUUCCAAUUGAUACCCGUGCAUCCGUUCGUGGAGGUAUCCUUCCAAAAUAAGAGUUAUCGCACAACGUCUGCGGAAGGUUCAAAUCCAACAUGGAAUCAGGAUUUAGUUAUUUCACUGAAAACAACUAACAUAGAUUUGUCAAUGUUAAAUGAAGUAAUUUACAUUCAUCUCUUUGAUGAAGUUGUCAUUGAUCUUCUGGAAGAUGACCGACUAAAAGGCACAAUGAUACAUCAGCGUUUUGAAAGACACUGGCUUGGGAGUUUAUCAAUCCCAUUUUCAACUUUGUAUCAUAAUUUCCGAAUUGAAGGCACUUUCCAGUUGUAUUCUCCUCCAUGUCUCCUUGGCUAUGAGCGACUCGUCAGUGCUCAUUCGCGUAACGCGACAUUUCUCACCCUUUUUAUCAUGCUCCAGCCAGUUAUCAAUCCUCCUCCGCCCGUGAAACAUCAGUUAGAAUCAUAUGAAAACUCUGAAGUCGUCAAGUAUCUUGAUUAUUGUCAACAGAAUCAACUCAGAUCAUUUCCGAAGAGAACAAUUAAGACCUUAGUUGUCAACUCAAAUUGCAAAUCAGUAUGUGUGACUAGACUACUGAAGCCAUUAAAUUUACCCAAUUUAUUAUCCGAGUCAGAGAAAAUCCCUGAAGCAAUGAUAGCUCGAUACGUUUCCAUGAUACCAACAUCACGGACAAAUCUUUUUGAAACAUCCUUAGAUGUUUGGUUGACCGGCGAUCAAGUUAUCGGGCUUCUUAUUGGUAAUAACUAUGACCAUGCUGUCUUACUUUGCUGUUAUUUGAUGAAAUUGAAGAAGAAAGUCUGGCUCAUCAUUGGAUCUGGGAUACCACAUGGUCCAUCAGCGUAUGUUUUAGUGCGUGAAAAUAGCCGUUCAUACUACAUUUGGGAUUCUGUCAGUGGACUCAAAUAUGAUAUCCAUGAUAGCUUCUCUCCUUUGCAGUCUGUGUACUGUAUUAUAAAUGAUCAAAACAUAUGGGCAAAUAUUCAGCGGCAAGAAGAUAUUACCAGAAUGCGCUGGGAUGUCUCAAAAUCAUCAGACUGGAAUCCUAUUUUUGGACGAAAUAUGAGUGCGCCUUUAGGCUCAAUUCAACCGGCUGUAAUUGAUUAUCCUGUAACACCUGAUCGCGAAGUGCUUUCCUUGCAAGAAAAAGUGGAAACUUUGCUGCGUGAUGCAAUCAUGAAGUGGCGGUCAACUAACAAAACUAUUUGGAAUCGAUAUUGUACGGCCAUGUUACGAAAAUUAUUGCCCAGCCUAGAACAAGCCUCGUGGACUGGAUCAUCCAAUAAACAAAUGUCAGCUGCUGAUUUGAUUCAAGAGCUUCAGCAUAUUCUUGCAUCACACAAGAUGUGUGGUUUUCCAAUAAACAUGCCUUAUACAAACGUGAACGAUCUGAUGGAAGCAGUCAAAGCAACUGGCGUUCAUACAAAUAAUUGUGAAGAUGUUGAGUUUUCUCUUGCGGUGUACAUACACGUCUAUCCUGCUCAUGUUUUAUCAGCAUGGGUCUAUGUUACAUCUCUAAUACGUCGGAGAUAGUUCUUGUUCUUGAAUCUAAAAUUUCUCAUCACAAGAGCUGAUUGCGUUGCAAUGUCGUUGAGAACUCACAACUUCCCAAUUAAUGCCUAUUGGAUAUUCUAAUGGUCAAAGUCUUAAGUUUUAAUAUUAUUUCACUCUCAAUAUGUGUGAUUUAUUAAAUAUUGGAGCAGUGGCAAGGAAUUCUUGCAGGGUUGUAGUCCUGUUUUUCUGAAGUAAAAUUUUGUGAAUAAACCAAAAAAAUCAUUAUUAAGUUCAAAAAAUCAUUUCUAAGGGGAGAUGAAAAUCCGACCAAUCAAGAGCCAACGGUCAAGUUAAUGUAACAUAGGCGAUGCCUGGAGCUGAUUUCAACCAAUCAGCAAAAGCCGGUUCCCCCCUCCUGGCUACGUUGUCAGCUUCUGUCAAUGAUAUCGUUUCAAACGGCUCCCAUUUUUGGCAUUUUCAAAACGGGGUUUCUUCGCCCUUCACAGUUGAAAAGAAUCUGAAAAAAUUGCUAGAAAUUUAAUUCACUCGCUGUUUUUUUCUCAAAAAAUGAAUUGGAAAAAUAUAGGUGCCACAGACCCAUUAAAAAAUUAAAAUGCCAAAAAUAUUGGCAAUAUAAAGUUUUAAUUUUUCAAUUUUGUAUCUUCAACUCAGAAAGGUAUUGAUGUGUAACCACAAUAUAUGCAAUUUUGUAAGUAAUUUUUCAAUAAACAUACGUAAUUUUUUGACAUGUUUA